AUGACCUUGUGGCCAUUCCAACAAGUGGAGUGCCAUGCACUCCCGUACACCAGACUGUUUGUGGCAUCGCGAUGUUCAGCAGCAUAUUGCGUGUGGGCCGUCAGCGCCGUACUGCUCGUGGUGAUACCUGUAUUUGCGACGUUCGCGACUGACAACGUUUGGGUCAAGGAGAGCUUCUACAGGGUCCAACCUGUCGUCACAUUUACCAAUGAGAUCUUCCUGAUUGCCUCCGGCAGCACGCCAAAGAAUGCGGUGGGCUGGAGCACUCAGCAAAGUUUGCUGUCGCUGUUGCCUCCAGAGGUGAAAGUGCCAAUGCUGCGUUCAACCACGGAAGACAACAAUCGAGAUGGCAUUGCGGACGUGCUGAAGCUGACGCUGGAUGUGCCAUCUGAAACCGGGGAGAGCUAUCGCAGCUUGCUGCUGCUGGCCGUUUACAAUGUAGAGUUGCAGGGCAAGGUCAGUGAACAGCUCAGCGGCCUUGUGGCUGUGGACAUCAACAGUCCGUACCCGGCUGCUGGCGUGUCAGUUCAUGGCCAGCUGCGAUUGAGACAAAGUCUUCCGCUCUUCCAAAGCUAUGAAGUGCGGAACGUGUACGCCGCCAGCCCGCUGGUCGUGGAUUGGAGGUCCAAUUGGCUUCCAGAAAAUCAGCCGUUGACGUUGCAAGCGCUUUUGGCUCGCUACGCGCAAAGGCCAGGGUCGGUCGGGGUCGGUGGUCGCUGGGGCCAGCAUGUGUGA